AUGAUGAUAGAUAGCAAUAAUAGCAAGGGAAAGGUAGGAGGAGGAGGAGGAGGUGGUGGGGGAAUAGGGAAGGCGUUGGUAGGAUUGGUUAGUGGAACAUUGGUGUACUACCACUGUGCCUAUCGGAAUUCGAGCCUUGUCUCUUUGAUGUCCGAUGUCCUCAUCGUCCUCCUCUGCUCGCUCGCCAUUCUCGGCCUUCUCUUCCGCCAAUUGAACAUCUCGGUGCCAGUGGAUCCAUUGGAGUGGCAGAUAUCACAGGACACAGCAAACAGUAUAAUAGCAUGGUUUGCUAACACCAUUGGAGCUGCUGAAUCUGUCCUCAGGGUUGCUGCUACUGGUCACGAUAAGCGCCUUUUCUUCAAGGUUAUCAUUUGUCUUUACAUACUAUCAGCUUUGGGACGAUUGGUCUCGGGGGUCACAGUUGCUUAUGCUGCAUUAUGCUUAUUCUGUCUUUACAUGCUUGCCGAGAACUCACACUCAGGCAAUGCCUGCAUCUCUCGAUUUCUAGGUCGAGGUAAUGGCACUUCUGCAGAUUCAGAUGUUAUGUAA